AUGCAUGAUAAUCAAGAGGACGAGGCCGAGUCCAAAACAAUCCAGAUUGCUGUUCUCGGCGAACCUAAAACUGGAAAAAGUUGCCUAUGCCAUCGGUACCUGGGCGGCAAUAGCAUCGCACCGGUGGGAGGCACGCAGGGUGCUGAGGUGAUGGCAGGCCAGUGCAUAGGACUGCGUCCGCCGGUGCCCCUACAACUGUGUGAUGUAGCGGGCAACGCACUCCAGACAAAAAUGUUGGCUAACUAUCUGUACGAUUCUAAUAUUAUUUUAUUUGUUUACGACCUUACAAAUUUAGAGAGUUUUGACAAGUUAGCCAUAUGGAUACAGAGAGUGAAGGAGAUAUUUGAAAUAGAAACGACAAAGCCAUUGAUGGCUCUGUUUGGCAAUAAGUCUGAUUUAGAGCACCAGAGGGCUGUGAGAUUAUCUUGUGUACAAAAAUUUGCAUCCGAACAUUUAUUGGAAACAUUUAAAGGAUCCGCAAGAACUGGAGAGAUGGUGAGCAACGCGUUCACGACGCUCGUUGCUAGAGUCAUGGGUGUAAAGGUGCAUCGUUUACCGCCAGCCCUUGUAGAGAGCAGGUCUGCGGUUCCCAAAGAACCUAUUCCGCAUGGACCUGCGUCUGUGAAAUUAUCGGAAGACGGUGUAAAAGCGUUGCUGGCUCUCUCCGGUGGGGAUAUGAGGAAAGUGCUAAACACUUUGCAAAGUACUUGGCUUGCGUACCGUGACGUCACAGAAGAUAACGUCUACACCUGCGUGGGACAUCCACUACGCUCUGACAUUACGAAAAUAUUCAACUGGCUGCUCACUGAAAAUGAUUUCGCUGUUUGCUUCCAAAAUAUUCAAGAUCUUAAACUAGCUAAAGGUUUGGCGCUUGGCGACAUUUUAACCGAAGUGCACACGAUAAUCCAAAGAGUAAAAUUACCAGUUGAUGUUCUGGUGUCUCUGCUUAUAAAGAUGUCAGAUGCUGAGGCGCGUCUAGCAUCAGGUUGCAGCGAACGAAUCGAACUGGCAGCGCUCAUUGCCGCUUUCCAAAUCGCUAGAGAUCAAGUACAAAUUGGCACAACCGACACAUCAUGAUAAAAUUGUCAUUAUUGUA